GGCGCGAAAUAUUUGGUUACAAAAAGAGUUUGUGUGUUUAAUGUUGUGUUGCAAUCUUGCCAUUACGACCAUUUGGCCAUUUUCUUAGAAAUAUUAUUAGCCGGUAAUCGCUUAGAAUCGUUAAUUGCUGGGUAUUGCUCGCAAUACUGGAAGACAACGCGAGAGCGCGGAACCCUAACCUGUUGAAAUCGAAACAAAUUUCGUUCACAAUGCGGAAACGUUCACUAUCGGUUGCGGUCGAAAGGAACGGUAGAACCGACCGGAUCUCGAGAAAAUUUGAAGGAGUGCCUUCGGACAACGAAGAGUACGCGACCGACGCUGACGAAGAUAGCGAUGUGGAGGGAACUGGUGGAGAACCAGAAAACUGGACGCUGGCGGAAUAUGAGAAGCUUCAGUCGCAGCUGCGUGCGGUUCUGCCGAAAAAUGACAACAAAAGGUACGACACGCGCCUCAAAACAAUCGAGUGGGAACGCGUUGCCUUCGAUGGUCACUCGCCGCAGAGUGUGGAGAAGGUAACGAAAGAUUUGCUGAAGAAAGUGCGCAAGUUCCGUACCAUGUCGGAUCUGUUGGCCGACCUUCCCAGUGUUAUUAAGAAGUCUAUCACGGCCGAAAAACCAAAGAAUCCUCUGUCGGCGUUCAACUACUUCGUGAGGGAAAAAUACAAUUCGUACAAAGAGCGCCACCCGGGACGCACGGAUCUUUUCAAAAUUAUGAGCCAGGACUUUGCCAUCUUGUCGGAAAAGAAAAAAAUGAAAUACAAUCAAAUGGUACUGGAUGGAAAGGAGGCCUACAAGGACCAGCUGAAGAAGUUCUAUGAACAAAAUCCGGAGGCCAAGGAGAUUGCAGGCCAAAACAAGACCACUAAGUCGGCUAACGCCAAACCGUCGAAGGGAAAAACAUCUGCAGUGACUCCUUACAAUAUUUUCAAGGAUCAGCAAAUAGAAUCCGACCCAACGAAAAGCCGUUCGGAUAUCAAGAAAGCGUGGGACGCGCUGGAGCUUCCGGCAAAACUGAAGUUCAUUCGAUACGCAUUCGCCAGUGGAGAUAAAUCGAAAUUGAACAAAAAGGAAAAGGAAUUGCUUGAUCAGGCGGCGGGAAAGCCGGAAACAUUCGCACGCACUUGUUGCGAGUAUUACCUAAAGUUUCAUGCCCAGCCCGAUUCUCAGCUCCCGAUUACCGAGUGGCGCAAGCAAAAGAUGCAAGAGUACAAACUGCUGCCCAAAGUGCAGCGUCUCGAACUGGAGCUGGAGUUUCGCAAAGAGCGUGCGAAGUUUGUAAAGAAAUUCCGGCAAUACGUCGACGCGCUACCGGAAAGCGAACGCAAUAAAGAGCUGCAAUUUCUACAACCAUAUUUGGACGCAACAUCGAACAAUGGCGAAAAGAAACACGGGCACCAGGAUGCCACCGAUUCAGCUGCUCACCGCAGGAACGUAUCUGUGCACGAUAUCACCGAUCUACCGAUUGCCGAAUCCACAACACACGACACAAAUAUGACCGGGAAGCGUAAAGACAAACAAAAGUUGCCGCCGGUGCCUUCCACUCCAGCCGCCAGCAGCAGACCUUUGAAGUCUAUCUUGAAAACCCCAACCCCAGUGAAACAGCCACCAGCCAAACGUGUGGCGGCGGAAGAGAUGGAACCUUCGUUCUCGUCACCGAAGAAAAAGCACAAGAAGGAUAAGACCACGCGGCAAGAAUCUGCGGAGGAGUCAAGCGAUAGCGUUAGUAACAAAUCAAAAAAUAAGCCACGUGCCCAGGUUUCGGAAGAAGAGGGGCAACGUUCUGACAGUGGCAGUGCCUCACAGAAAUCGAAAGCGCCCGUUAAUGAACCGAUUGCUCCUGCGAAGACCGUGGUAGAGUACUUCCGAAAAACUCAUUAUCUCGGCAAAAAGGGCAAGCACAAGGAAGCGUUCGAGAAACUUUCCACCAAUCGCCGGAAGGCGAUCGAAGCAGAAAUGAAAGCGGCCCAACAGCAGUACGUGAAAGAUCUGCAAGUGUUUUUCAAGACCCUUCCAAAAAAUCAGAUCGAAAAGUACGUCGCCAAGCUGAAGAAAGCGGAUCAAGCGGAGGAAAGUGCGGACGAAGACGAUAGUGAAACGGAAGACUUUGAUGAGUCGUUGGCGAACAGCACCAAGAUGGAACCGCACAGCAGCAGCGACGAAGAGGACAGUGACGACGAGGACUAGAUUUCGGAUCGGAUUCGGUUAGGUUUUACCACUCAGAAUUUCCUUUGUUUCACUGCCAAUUACACAGGGGCAAUGCAGAUCGUAAGCGCGUUAAAUGAAUUCUAUGUUACCCUUUUACCAGCAUACAUGAAAAGAUUUGUGUAUGUUGAAAACAUUGUAACAUACUGUACUAACUUGUUUUUAGAACUAUCGAAACACCACAAUAAAAAGACACUCGC